AUCCUUUGUUCACUUAUUUAACAAUGUUAAAAGCUCACUUGAAACACAAUUACCCUGCUAUUAACAAUGCAGUACAAGAAAUGAUCUCAAAAAAUAAGUUAAAAGGAAGACAUAGUUUAACCACUGUUAUCGAUAAUGACUGCUUAAUAUUCCCAUCAAGUUAGGUUUUUUUUCACUGUUAGAGCUAGUAGGUUUGAAAUUUUUGCUAUAUAUAAUCAAGAACAAUUAUGACUUAAAAUGUACUGCAAAGGGACAGUUUUGCCUAGAGUGAACUCACUAAUCAGAACUGAUAAUAUAUCCCACCUAGGAAAAGACUGCUUAGCUAUUGUGUUUAAAUGUCCCAUUUCUCUUCCCCUUUCUCAACUUGAUGGCCCUUUGAAAGGUACCAAAAUAGGUGAGAGAGAAUUAUAGAGUGGAAGUGAAAAAAUAAUAUUAUGGCAUAAAGCACCCAACAACCAUUAGGUGUGGCAUCAUCAUGAUCAGCUAAAAUUCCCUCUCUUUUAAUACUCAUAAGUUCAUUCUUUUAGAAGAAAAAAAACAUAAGAUCCUUAAACAUCAGAUAUACUAUACUAAGGAUGUUUCACAAAAAAUUAUCCUUAAACAAACUCUUAUUUCCUCUAGCAAAGUUAACUUUUUUCGCAGUCGUCUUGUCUUCUGUUUUGCCUCAUGCAGAUGCUUUUGAUCCAUUGGAUCCAUUUGGUAAUAUCACAAUAAAAUGGGAUGUCAUGUCUUGGACACCAGAUGGCUAUGUGGCUGUUGUAACGAUGAAUAAUUUUCAAAUGUAUCGGCAUAUUAUGAGCCCUGGAUGGACUUUAGGAUGGAACUGGCCAAAGAAAGAAGUGAUAUGGUCCAUUGUGGGAUCACAAACAACAGAGCAAGGUGAUUGUUCUAAGUUUAAAGGAAAUGUACCACAUUGCUGCAAGAGGGAUCCUGUACUUGUGGACUUGCUUCCUGGAGUUCCUUACAACCAACAGUUCAGCAACUGCUGUAAAGGUGGUGUUCUCGCGUCUUGGGGCGAAGAUCCUUCUGAGUCGGUAUCUUCCUUUCAGAUUAGUGUUGGACUUGCUGGAACAUCAAACAAGACAGUAAAACUACCGAAGAAUUUCACUCUGCUUGGUCCAGGACCAGGCUACACUUGUGGCCCUGCAAAGAUAGUUCCAUCCACAGUUUUCCUCACUGCAGAUCAUAGGCGAAAAACUCAAGCAUUGAUGACAUGGAAUGUGACAUGCACCUAUUCACAGUUUCUGUCAUCGAAGUACCCGAGUUGUUGUGUUUCUUUCUCAACUUUCUACAACGACACCAUCACUCCUUGCCCGUCUUGUGCUUGUGGUUGCAACCAUAAACACAACUGCAUCAUGGGAGACUCCGAAAAACUGAAAAGAAAGGGAAUUAACACUCCAAGAAAGAAUAAUGAACCACUACUGCAAUGCACCCAUCACAUGUGCCCAAUACGUGUGCAUUGGCAUGUAAAGCUCAAUUACAAGGAUUAUUGGCGAGUCAAAAUUGCUAUCACUAACUUCAAUUACAGGCAGAACCAUACACAUUGGACACUUGUGGCACAACAUCCCAAUCUCAACAAUGUCACUCAAGUUUUCAGCUUCGACUACAAGCCUCUCGUGCCCUACCAAUCCAUUAAUGACACUGGCAUGUUCUAUGGUAUGAAAUUUUACAAUGAUCUCUUGAUGGAAGCUGGACCUUCGGGGAACGUUCAGUCUGAGGUGCUUAUGCAAAAGGAUAAGAAUACAUUCACACUGAAGUCAGGAUGGGGAUUUCCCCGGAGAGUCUACUUUAAUGGAGAUGAAUGCAAACUUCCACCACCAGAUUCAUACCCAAUUUUACCCAACUCUGCUGAAAAAGGACCAUUUUCAUUUUCAAACACUGCAAUUUGCACUAUUUUGAUGAUUUUCCUCACUUGGUAAUGGAUAAAACCAUUUGAUGGCAGCAACAUAUAUUCUACUGGUGCUUCUGAUGACAUUUAGAUUGUCUUCCAUCAACAAGAGUUUGCUUAGGUUGUUAUAUAUUGUAUGCAUGCAGAGAGAAUAGUGAAAUGGAAACUUGUUCAUUUUAUUGUAUAACUAGAGAUAAAAUUUUCCUUAUAUAUAAGAUUUUUGUUUUCAUAUAUAAGAAGUUCUCUGAAGAAUACUCAAUAGAGUACAUCAAAAUU